AUGCAAUUUAUAUAUGUGUUACCCGGAUGGGAAGGUUCUGCUCACGACGGUCAUGUUCUUCGUGAUGCCAUUAGUAGGUCUACUGGGCUUAAAGUUCCUCAAGGUUGUUACUACUUGGUGGAUGCUGGCUAUUGUAAUUCUUCUGGAUUUCUUGCGCCUUAUCGUGGACAUAAGUAUCAUCUUAAUGAGUUUGAUGAUCCUCAGAAAUCGAUAGAGGGUGAUGAAGAAAGUGAAUAUGAGGAAAGUGAUGAUGAUGAUGAAGUGGAAUACAUACGAACAAUUGCCCCAACUGACCAGUGGAAUGCGUUCAGGAAUAAUAUGACAAUUGAAAUGUUUAAUAAUUGGAGAAAUGGAGUUUUUAAUAUGGGUUGA